ACGCCGCAUCGUCACCGCUUGAACCCAAAUGACUUGCAACGCAUUCACUCGUAGUCUAACUUGGUUUGUUUCGCUCGUACGCCAUGCUAGGGGAGUUUUUUCGUCAUGUCAAAAUGUGCGCUCGAACUGUUCAGACGGCAUUCGUGAUUCCGACAGCUUGUGUUGUUCGGUCGCCAUGGUAACCCGUGUCGUCCUCCAAAGCGGGCGCCCCCCGCCCUCGAACAAAGACAUAGUGAAAGUUGACGUCGGAGUGAGUCAUCUGUCAUAUAUAAACAAUCUUGACAUUGGUCUGGACAGAGUGGUGGCACGCUCUCUGCUGUCUGUUUUGUGCUACUGCAUUCGAAAAACAACGUCUUCCUCUUCCCCUCGACAAUGAGUAAAAAGUAUAGUUACUUAAAAUGUGCACGCCUUUUGGAUACUACGUAUUUUAUGUUGGUCUGCUCUCAUUGAACAUAUUAUUCUUCAUUCAAAAUAGUCUUUAACUUUUUCAGCGCCACUGAUGAUGAUCGGUGCUCGUGCUGUGUCGUGUGUCCUCCCACCUCAAAUAAAAUUGGACGUCGAUGGUCCAAAUCCCCCACGUGAAAUUUAUUGCGCACGUUCACUCGCAGUUUCUCAAAUGACCGCACGGAUGCGGAUAACGGGUGUUUUGCAACAAAGCGAAGCCAAAAACUGAACGAAGAAGAAUAAGGCGGAAGUAAAGAAGACUACCUUUUCACUUCGAGGACGCCGCUUUCCAACUUAUUCAAAAGUUGUUUUAAAAUGUUUUGAAGUGGGGGUUGAGUGACAUUUGGAGAUGAGCGAACACCGCUUCUGACGUCUUCACACCUUAUUUUUCCCCCCGCCGUUCCUUAACUCCAUCGCAGCAUUGACGGAGAUGGAUGCCGAAAGCACCUGUUUCCACGGCCUGCGACAGGAAGUGGCGGCGGCCCUCCCCAAUGGACACCUGCGGGAGAGUACGCUGAGCGACGGCGAAUCCGAAGACGUCCUCCGCGUCGUGGAACCGAACGAUAUAUUUGGCGUCGGCCGCCCGGUCUGCGAUGACGUCACCCAACCGGUCUUCCAGGUGGUGUACGACCUCGACGGCGGCGAAGAGUCGCAGCUGGCCGGGGCCGACGUCAUCGCCGUCCAACUCGAUCCCUGGAGCUCUCAUCACUUCCUGUCUGAAACACGUGUCGUUGGCGAGCAGGAGUGCGGGGACACGCUCGCUCAACAUGUGGAGGGCGGCGGCGAGGCACUGGAGCUGACGGAGGAAGAGGAGAAGCUGUUGAUUCAAGAAGGCGUGUCCUUGUCGGACCACCUCCCUCUCACCAAGGCUGAGGAACGAGUCCUGAAGAAAGUCCGGCGCAAAAUCCGCAACAAGCGCUCGGCGCAAGACAGUCGGCAGCGCAGGAAGGAGUACAUCGACAGGCUGGAGGACAGGGCGGCGGCGUGUUCGGUGCAGAACAAAGAUCUACGGAAGAAGGUGGAGCAGUUGGAGAAACGCAACAUGUCUCUGCUGACUCAGUUGCGCCACCUUCAGUCUCUGGUCAAACACACUGUGAGCAAGGGAGCGCAAACCGGCACCUGCCUACUGAUCAUCUUCGUCUCGCUGAGUUUGAUCCUGCUGCCCAGUUUGAGUCCGUUCAGUCGCCGCGCCUUGGCCGACGACUACCGGCCCACCGGAGUCCUUUCCCGAAACAUCUUGAGGGACCGGGCGUCUGGGGAGACGCUCCCCUCAGAUCCGCCCCUGCCGGCGAAGGAGGCAGACCAGACGGGAACCCACGUGGAAGAAAUCCAACUUAAGCCAGAGGCUUUCCCGUCUAACGCCGCGGCGGGGAACGCUUCCUCCGAGGCGUCCGCCGGAAUUGCCGCCGAGUUGCCGCACGCCGACGAGAUGUAGGCGGCGGGAACUUGUCGGUUUGGUCUACUCGACGACGGGAACUUUUUCUCAAGAAUGAUUUCAAUUUCGUCAACCGAAGACCAAAAGCAGGAGAAUCUGAUUGGCUGUAGUUUGGUGUCAGCUGACCACCAACCAGCUGCUAUGAUUUUUUUCGGUAGGCAGCCUCCGCCUCUUUAUUAAUUGGCCUUUUUUCAAUUUCUUUAGUCUUGUUAUUUCAUUUUUUCCUACGAAUUGGUGUUUCUUUUUUUAAAGAUUUUUUUCUUUUUUUCCCCAUUUCUUUAUUCUCGUUUUAUUAUUAGGGCCUGAGAACCAACUGGCGUGAGACCCCUAUUGGAAUGCAUUCAUUUGUUUUUCAUGGCAAAUGAAAAAAGCCAGUUUGGAGGCCUUGAUAUGCACGGAAACUCACCUAAAUUUGCAAAUUCAUGCGGCUUUGCAUAAAAUUGGAUAUUUUUGCAAUGUUACAAAGAAAUGCAACAAAAUGGCUCGGUGGCACCCCCUUGAAUUUUUCAGAAAGGCCUCUCCUUGUAGGUUUUAUUCAACGUAGAGCAAUGAAAUUUGGGGAGUGGAUACUCCAAAAAGUUUCUUGCACACACAUAUUCCAAACUCAACAGGAAAUCGGGUAUUUUGGAUUGAAUGUGAAACUUUUAUCGACAUACAUUUGAUACUUUGGCGCCGAGGGAGUUAGUUGGAUCCUUCUCAAAAUUGGUGAGACUGUUCAUGAGACAUAUGUGAUCUUAAAUGAUUAAAAUGGUGCUUUCAUUCACAGGCCUGACCUGGGUGGGGUGCCAAAGUCGGUCAUUUUUAUGGCAACAUGCCAUAUUCAGUAAAUGACUAAUGACUCCCUGAUGUACAAGGUGCAGUCUUUUUAAUAUCUGCUGUGGAUGAAAGGAAUCCCAGCCUGAACAUGACUUCAUUGAAAUAUUACUCAUUAGGCUUGGCGCCCCCUAGUGGUAACAGGAAACUACCUUCUUUUUUUUUUUUUUUUACAAGACAGGCUCCUCCUCCAAAGGAAAGAAAUCAAUUGACCUCAAAUUUGCAUCAGAGAAGCCCGAAGACAUGUGUUCAGCUGCCUGAUGAAAAAUUAAUUGAAGUUUUGUUGAAGCUGAGGGGUCCAAACAGGGAAGUUAAAAUGACAGUCACCAUUUUGUCUCGCCACAAAUUUUGGCAGAUAUACAACAUAUCUGCGCCAAACUUCCCGUGCUUGGUGAGAGUCGUACCCUGAAGGGUCAUUUGCAUCAACUCUGCAGCGCCAACUAAUGGCAACGGAAAGUCACUCUUUUACUUAUACAUGUCUAGUUCUUUUCGGUUUGGUCAUUGUACUUACAAGAUCUUUUGUAAGGUGACAUUCUAGGACCCAUCAUAGACUUCAUAAUGAUAUUGACAGGGCGCGGGGCUGAUGAAUAGGGGGCAUGCAUUGUUAGCGUGGCUGUCAAAGCUGACCGAGUGGAAUCACUGACAAACAUUGAAAAUUCUUGUAAAUAAAUGCUUAAAUCCCUGAAUUCUUUAUAGAUAGACAUAAAACUGUCUCGAUUCAAAUAUUGUGAAGAAUAAUGCCAAUGCCAUAGCAGCUAAUUUCUCCCAUAGAUUUUUUUCACGUUUCAAAUGCAUGCAUGGUAUGAUAAUUACCUUGAAUCCUCGGACAAAUCACUCCGGAGACCAUCCUUCCUGUUUGUAUGCAGUACAGCUUUCGUACUUUUUCAGCCUAAAUCUGGCGUUGGAUCGCUGCAUGUGAGCGACUGCGAAUAACUGAAGCGGAUUGUGGGAUGACCGCCUACUUGAAGGCGUGGCGCACUGAAGGUCGAAUCUGACCUGUCAAUAUCAUUAUGAAGUCUGUGGACCCGUGUCUGCCUGUCUCUAUCUGUUGCCAUAACGACUCUCUGUUUGCCAUCAAAAGAAAGCAGAUUUUUUUUCAUGGAGUUGGGCAGCUUAUAGACUAGAGCCAUGAAAUUUGGCACACUUGGUCGAAUUGGCCCAAAAACGUGAAAAACAAGGGAAUACAGACAUUUUUUUUCACUGCAUUCACCCUCUUUUCGCGGUGUUCGUGGUUUUUACAAAAAAACUGCCUUUCCACGAAAACGAGGGAAUACAGCGAAAAAAUUUCACUGUACUCCCCCGCUUUCCCGUGAAAAACGAGGGAAUACAGGGUAUUUUUCUUUGCUUCGAGGGUAUAGUUUUUUGCGGAAAAGCGAGGGAAUAUAGUGAUUUUUUCCCCCUGCUGUAUUCCUCGUUUUUGGCGAAAAAGCAGGGUAAUACAGUGGGGGGGAAAUUUAGCUGUAUUCCCUUGUUUUUCGCAUAAUUGCGGGGGAAUUGAGUGAAAUUUUUAUUUUGCUCUAUUCCCUCAUUUUUUGUAAAAACUGCAAACACCCCGAAAAGUGGGUGAAUACAAAUGAGCAAAAAAAUGUCAUUUUAUUUUAUUUUAUUUUUUUAAACUUUUUUUUUUCCAUUUCUUUCUGUUAUUUUAUUUUUAUCUCAAUGUAUUAUUUUUCUUCUUUACAAUUUGAAUUAAACAUACUUUGUUAGCGCUUGA